AGCGGAGAGAGAGACGAAAAACAGGUCGCCCAGCUCAACCCAAGAAAGGCCCAGGAAGAGGUUGGGAGCCAAUCGCGCGCGCGAGCCUAGUACAGUAGUGGAUAAGAAAGAGUGCUAGCAGAGGAGAAGCUAUCCAGGAGAGCAAGCAAUGGCGUCGCCGUCCACGCUGCCUUUGACGUCCGCCUUCCCCUCCCCCUCGCGCCGCCUCGCGGCGUCUCGCCGGGCGACGUCUCUGGUCAUCGUCGCCCAGGGGAAGGUCAAGAAGUACCGCCAGGUCAUACUGACAGACGACAUACAAGAAGUAGGUAAGAAAGGGGAAACAUUGAAGGUGCGAGCUGGAUUUUACCGCAAUUUCCUCCUUCCCAAGGGCAAGGCCACGCUUCUAACCCCACAAGUCCUCAAGGAAAUGCAACUAGAACAGGAGAGAAUAGAAGCUGAGAAGAAGCGGGUCAAAGAAGAAGCACAACAACUUGCUCGAGUUUUUGAAACCAUCGGGGCUUUCAAGAUUCCACGCAAAGGCGGAAAAGGAAAACAAAUCUUUGGAAGCGUCACGGCACAGGAUGUUGUUGACAUAAUUAAGUCACAACUUAAUAGAGAGGUCGACAAGAGGCUUGUGGCAGUUCCAGAAAUUCGUGAAACUGGAGAGUAUGUUGCUGAGAUUAAGCUUCACCCAGAUGUGACAGCUCGAGUAAGGCUGAACGUCUAUGCCAAAUGAGAUGUGCAGUUACAGAAGCUUGCAUGGAUGGUGGGGGUCUGGGGAAGCCUGAUUUCGAUAGAGAUUUUGCUGAAACUGCCAGGCGUUGUGGUAGAAAAAUGGAGGCCUGGACUGGUUCUUAUUACUCUUAUCCAUAAUUAAGGGCUCAUCCUGCUUGUAAAGUUAAAUUUCAGUUUGUUGAUUUUGGUGGAGUGAAAACUAGAAAGUUGUAAAGCACAGUUGGUUUGACCGCUGAAGCAUUCCUUGGAUGUUUAUCAUGGCUGAAGAAAAUGGCCGAAGCCUGUAGCAAAAACAGUUACGUUCUAUGAACAGGCCCCAAAGGUAGAUGUGACCUAUCGGUUUUCCAGGGA